AUGGAUAACGACAAAGAAAAAGCAACUUGGGAUCCGUACACGACAAAAAUUCUGAUCGAUGUUUGUGCCGAGCAAAUAAUGCAUAAGGAACGGCAAGGAACAUCUUUUACAAGGCCUGAUUGGAACAAAAUUGUCAUGAAUUUCCGGGAAAGGAGUGGAAAAAUGUAUGACAGAAAGCAACUUAAGAAUAGAUUUGACAUUUUGAGAAAGGAUUGGAAGUUGUGGGAAAAACUUAUGUCUGGGGAGACUGGCAUUGGUUAUGAUGUAGCGACAAAUAGGGUGUUGGCCUUCGAUGAGUGGUGGCAGCGAAAAUUAAUGGUGGAUCCCAAUUUCAGGAAAUUUAGGCAUCAGGGGUUGAUGUUUGCAUCAGAUCUGAUGAAAAUAUUCAAAAAUGUUGUGGCUUCAGGAGAGUACAUGUAUGCACCCUCAUCCUCACAGCCUCAGCUAGCAUUCGCUCCCCAUCCUGACACAGAAGAGGAGGAGGAUGUUUAUAGAGUUGGGCUUGACCAACAGGAAGGGUCAAGGGACAGUGAGGAUGAAAAUUUCGGUGUUGACCCAAUAGCCACCGCAGGGGUCUCAGAUGAUUUUGUCGGUUGCAACUUAAACAACCCUUCGAGUACUGGACCAAGUGGCUCAGGAAGUUAUGGAAAGAGGAAAAGGGGUGAGACGUCUGAUGCGAAGAAGAAGAAGAAAGUUGCUGCAUCUACAAAAAUUUCUGAUAGCCUGAGUGUUAUAGCAGCUGCUUCUGAAAAGCGAGCAUCAGCAUUAGUUGAAGAUCCCCAACAAGUUGAGAAGAUUUGGGGACACCUAGCUAGCCUUGAGGAGCUUAAUGGUAACCCUCAACUAUAUUAUGCAUGUGCGAAGAUGCUUACGCGAUUGAGGUGGGCUAGGCGAGCCUAUUUGGGGUUUAUGCAUGAUAUAUGCAAGUUGUUGGAGUGGUUGAUACCGGCAACACAAGACCCAGACACAUGGAAGGGACUUGUAGAUUAG